AUGGAGCUUGCAAAGGUUGCAUCAAGAAUUUUGGGAAAAUCCACCUUUGUCAGUAGUUUUGAAUGUCAAAGCAGUGCUAGUGCAGAUAGAAAGGGUGACGGGCGGCUGGGAAGACAGUCAGAUAUUAUGUUCAUAAUGAAACGUGGUGGAAAAAAUUACGAACUUUUAUAUACUGAAUGUUCAUGCCUGACUUGUACAACACAAAAGAAAAAAGACGAAGUGAAGUUGUGGCGUAAGAUUAAUGAUGGUAUAUAUUGGACUCGUAAGAGUUGUAAGCCUGAUAAGGAUGAAUUUGGUAUUAUUGGAGUAUAG